GGCUGGGACUCUUUCCGACCGCUCAUUGGUUUAGAGCUAGAGAGGGGGAGGGAUUUAUUAUAAGCAACAGCUUGCUGAGGAAGUAGAUCCGGGGCAGCGGCGGUGUUACCUCUAGGUAUCCAAUGACAGCUCUCCGAUCAUGUCCGCGGGCGGGGCUCCACACAGAGCGGACUAAUGAGGAGGAGGCAGAGCCAUGACGGGCGAGGAGACGAGGGGGGGUCGGCGGUGGCAGGGGAGCAGAGCGUGGCGGUGGGGGGCGUGCCGCGUCUUGCCGUCUUCCUGUUCCCCUCAGAGAUGGUGUUCUACGCCGAGCAGAGGAGCUCCCAUAGGAGGGUGCUGACCCUCUACAACCCCUACAACUUCAGCCUCAGCUUCAAGAUGUGCUGCACGGCGCCCUCGUUCUACAGGGUGGUGGAGGCAGAGGGCAGCAUCCGGGCCAAGUCCUGCGUCGACCUGGUCGUGCGUCACCUGGACGUCUCCCCCAGACACUGGGCGCAGGACCGGUUCCGCAUGGAGGUGAGGGGUGGAGGCCAGGUGGGACGACGGGAGAUUUGGGCGGAGCUUAGAGGAGGACAAGAGGAAGAGGAGCAAAGAGGAGGUCAACAAAGGGCGCUGCCCCAUCCUACUUCUCAGCUCCUGCCCACACAGGCACACCUGCCUGCCUGCACAGCUGUGCGCAGCGCGUCUCAGUGGGCGGUGUGUGUGGCUGUGGCGGUGCUGUGUGUCACAGUGUUGAUGCUCCCCCUGCACACUGACAGCAACUCGCUGGUUCCACGCUGGCUGCACGUGUCCACCAAUCAGAAACUGGUCUGCGCCUACACACUGGGUCUUGUUACCAUGGUGUUUCUACGGUGACGUCAUGCUGCAGCGACCUGUGGCCUCACCGUCGUCCACACAGGAGGAGCCCUCAAACGACUGUCAUGGGACAGCGAGUAGCGUGUUCAAAAAAGCUUUAUUUAAACGUGUCGACGGAGCGGACGGAGUCAUCGACCACUGAUGAACAGUUGGAUACGAGCGCCGUGAGAAGAAAUGGACGUUAAACCGACGAACAUGUGACAAAGCUGUGAUGCUGCGUAAAUAAAAUGAUUGUGAAUAAAAACAGAAAGUGAUGAUUUUAA